AUGUCUCGAACCCCUGCCAAUCGAUUAGGCAAAGACAACAGAGUUCGAGCCGAAGCUCGUGAAAUAGCUAGCGAACUUGGAUAUGGAAGUGGUGGUGUAGGACUUGGCUAUGGGGGUCCACGUGUGAGAGCUAUUUUUAUUCCAUGUCCACCGCAAUAUGGUAUGGGUGGUCAACAAUAUCUUCCUGGUGGCAUGGGUGGUAUGGGUAAUUUUGGCGGCUACGGAGGAGGAAUACCGGCAGCCCGAAAUAGGCCUUUUGUGACAGCUAAUGAAGUAGUUUACAAUCAGUUUUAA